AUGCACCUGGUGGGUCUGUGGGAGCCAGAGCCGUCCACUGCUGCUGUCCAAGGUCCUGAAGGGACAGAGACAAACGAACACAUCUGUCAUGGUGUUGGAACACAGGAUUCUUUUGUCGUUAAAGAGACAGAGGAGUCAGAGACAGAGGAGUCAGAGGAGUCAGAGACAGAGGAGUCAGAGACAGAGGAGUCAGAGACAGAGGAGUCAGAGUCAGAGGAGACAGAGACAGAGGAGUCAGAGUCAGAGGAGUCAGAGACAGAGGAGUCAGAGACAGAGGAGUCAGAGUCAGAGUCAGAGGAGACAGAGACAGAGGAGUCAGAGGAGUCAGAGACAGAGACAGAGGAGUCAGAGACAGAGGAGUCAGAGGAGUCAGAGACAGAGACAGAGGAGUCAGAGACAGAGGAGUCAGAGGAGUCAGAGACAGAGACAGAGGAGUCAGAGACAGAGGAGUCAGAGUCAGAAGAGUCAGAGACAGAGGAGUCAGAGACAGAGGAGUCAGAGACAGAGGAGACAGAGACAGAGGAGUCAGAGACAGAGGAGUCAGAGACAGAGGAGACAGAGACAGAGGAGACAGAGACAGAGGAGUCAGAGACAGAGGAGUCAGAGACAGAGGAGACAGAGACAGAGGAGUCAGAGACAGAGGAGACAGAGUCAGAGGAGACAGAGACAGAGGAGUCAGAGACAGAGGAGACAGAGUCAGAGGAGACAGAGACAGAGGAGUCAGAGACAGAGGAGACAGAGUCAGAGGAGACAGAGACAGAGGAGUCAGAGACAGAGGAGACAGAGACAGAGGAGACAGAGACAGAGGAGACAGAGACAGAGGAGUCAGAGACAGAGGAGUCAGAGACAGAGGAGACAGAGACAGAGGAGUCAGAGACAGAGGAGACAGAGUCAGAGGAGACAGAGACAGAGGAGUCAGAGACAGAGGAGACAGAGUCAGAGGAGACAGAGACAGAGGAGUCAGAGACAGAGGAGACAGAGACAGAGGAGACAGAGACAGAGGAGUCAGAGACAGAGGAGUCAGAGACAGAGGAGUCAGAGACAGAGGAGACAGAGACAGAGGAGUCAGAGACAGAGGAGACAGAGUCAGAGGAGACAGAGACAGAGGAGUCAGAGACAGAGGAGACAGAGUCAGAGGAGACAGAGACAGAGGAGUCAGAGACAGAGGAGACAGAGACAGAGGAGACAGAGACAGAGGAGACAGAGACAGAGGAGUCAGAGACAGAGGAGACAGAGGAGACAGAGACAGAGGAGUCAGAGACAGAGCAGACCGAGACAGAGGAGUCAGUGGUAGUGGAACACUUCACUAAUGCUGUGUCAUCUGUGACGGAGAAGCCAUCACCACCUUUUCCCUUUCUCUCUGAUUUAACAUUCUCUCUCUUUCUCUCUCUCCUCUUCACGCUCUCUCAAUCAACUCUUUACCCUCCUCACCUCUCUCUCUCCUCUUCUUUCUCCUUCCUCCCUCUCCCUCCUAUCUCUUCCCCAUUUUCUCUUCUCUCUCUCCCCCCCUCACUCCCCUCACCUCUCCCCCCACCCUCCCCUCUCUCUCCACCCCUCACCUCUCUCUCUGCCCCCUCUCCUCCCCUCUCCUUCCUAUCUCUUCCCCCCUUUCUCCUCUCUCUCUCCACCCCUCACUCCCCUCACCUUUCUCUCUCAUCUCGCUCUCCCACCCCUCAUCUCUCUCUCUCCACCCCUCACUCCCCUCAUCUCUCUCUCUCCUGCCCUCCCCUCCCCUCUCGUUCCACCCCUCACUCCCCUCACUCUCUCUCUCUCUCCUCCCCUCCCCUCCCCUCUCGUUCCACCCCUCACUCCCCUCACCUCUCUCUCUCUCCUCCCCUCCCCUCCCCUCUCGUUCCACCCCUCACUCCCCUCACCUCUCUCUCUCUCUCCUCCCCUCCCCUCCCCUCUCGUUCCACCCCUCACUCCCCUCACCUCUCUCUCUCUCUCCUCCCCUCCCCUCCCCUCUCGUUCCACCCCUCACUCCCCUCACCUCUCUCUCUCUCUCCUCCCCUCCCCUCCCCUCUCGUUCCACCCCUCACUCCCCUCACCUCUCUCUCUCUCUCCUCCCCUCCUCUCCCCUCUCGUUCCACCCUCACUCCCCUCACCUCUCUCUCUCCCUCUCCCCUCUCUCUCCCUCACUCCCCUCACCUCUCUCUCCUCCCCUCCUCUCCCCUCUCUCUCUUCCCAGUCUCACGCAGACGCGCGCUCUUCCACCAUGAACCAAACCAACUUUCUCCGCGCGUCAUGAUUCCCGUGAACGACUCCAGAGCCUCGGACAGAAGCAGCGACCCCUCCUCACUCUUUGCCCCCGGGACUUACAAACUUCUGGCUCUGACCAUCGGGACCAUCGGCGUCUUCGGCUUCUGCAACAACGUGGUGGUCAUUGUCCUGUUCUGUAAAUUCAAGCGGCUGCGGACUCCGACCAACCUGCUCCUGGUCAACAUCAGUCUGAGUGAUUUUCUAGUCUCCGUCACUGGGAUUAACUUCACGUUCUUCGCGUGCGUAAAAGGAGGAUGGAUAUGGAGCCCGACGACCUGCGUGUGGGACGGGUUCAGCAACAGUUUGUUCGUGUUGGGCACGUAA